AUGACACCCUCGACUGACGUAUGGGUCUAUGAUAAGCUCAUUGGCAAACAACGCAAAGCUCCUAGCAUGAUGGUGGCUCGUACGAACGCCUUUACGUGCGUCCUUGAUGGAAAACUAUAUGUAAUGGGAGGAUGUGAAGCGGAUGAAUCUACUCAUUGGGCUGAAGUUUUCGACCCAAAGACUCAAACUUGGGAAGCAUUGCCGGAUCCUGGAGUUGAGCUCCGGUACUCUUCAGUAAAGAAUAUCCAAACGAAGCAAGGAAAAGUGUACGUGAGGAGCAAUAAGAAGAACUUUGUUUACCUUAUAAAAGAGUGUAUGUGGGAAGUUGCCGAGGAAAACUUGGGUGAGAGUACCUGUGAGAUAGAGAAUGUAUGCUACUGUUAUAGUAAUAAAAGAUACUGGUGGUAUGACGCAAAGUGUGAAGAGUGGAGAUUAGUCAAAGGUGUGAGUGGACUUUACGAGUAUUAUAAAACUGAUUCUGAAAUAGGUAAUUAUGGUGGAAAACUUGUUGUCUUUUGGGACCGUGCGGUGUCUCGUUUAACCGCAACCAAAGAAAUUUGGUGUGCUAUGAUUUCUCUUGAAAAGGGACAUGAUGGUGAAAUCUGGGGUCACAUCGAAUGGCUUGAUGCUGUGCUUAUAGCCCCUCGGUCGUAUGCACUCUCACAUUGUAUGGACUUCUUGCAAUAA